AUGGAGAAAGAAUAUGAAGAAGCAAAGAAUUAUGGAAGGUACGACAAGAAACGAGAAUGUUAUCUCAACAGCAAAGGUGAACCAGUUGUCCAUCGAAAAGAAGUGGUGUUUAACGACGUUCUUGCAGUAAUCCCUCUAUCCGGCGAGUACUAUUCAAAGGUUGCGAAAGAUAAAGAUUAUGUGAAAAAGCUGGAUAAAAUCAUCAGAGAUGUCAUGACAGCAAGUCUAAGACAGAGAGAUGAAGAGAGGAUGAAGAAGAAUGUUGAAAGUUUGGUGGAUGAACUGAAGCAGAUUGCAGAAGAAAAGAAAGUGGAAGAUGAUCUAAAGAAGAAAGAAGAAGUUGACGAGAAGCUUGAAAGAUCGGUUGAAGUGAUCGAUGGUGAUGAUGCUGCUGAGGAAAAACAAAAGAAAGAAGCAGAUCAGAAGCAGACUGAAGAGAAAGCCGAAAUGCCAAUCAGUGAGGUGUUCCAGAAAAAGGAUGAUUGUCAAAAGGAGUAUCAGAGUAGCCUGGCACAACAAGAGGAGGUUGCUGGUCCCUGCGUCUGA